UUGACAACGUCAAAUCCAAUGGCUAAUUAACAUAUUUAUUUUUUAUUUGAGCAAUCGACAAAGAUUGAAGCCCACUGGUUGGUUUACUGGAACAUCCGCCAUCUUCGGAUUUUACCUUCAUUUCCGAACCUUUCUUCUCUCUCUUCUCUCUCUAUCUCUCUCUCAAUUCAUCUUCUUCUCUCAAUUUCACUCAAAAUUUUCCAAAAUAAAUAAAUUAUAAACAACAAACACAAUACAAAUUUUCUCUUGCUUUUUUUAAGCUGUUUCUCUUUGAAUGGAAUUGCGUGUUCUUUCAGCUACUCCGAUUCUAGGAUUUGAUCAGAGUUUAUGAAAUGCAUCAACAAAUGGAGAAGACAGAUGAGAAAUUCAAUGUGGCAGAGGAAGAAGAAAAAGAAGAUUCAACAGAGCUUCAAAAUCUUAAAGAGGUGAAGAAGAUGGCGGAUGAGACCAAUACAAAACUUACUUCUGAAUUGGAAUCUGCGAAGAUAAAAAUAGAGUCCGCCAUGGAAAUGGCCGAGGAAUUGGAGCUUCUUCAAUUGCCAGAGAAAACAGAGGAGCUCUCUGUUUUAAAACGCUCUGAAUCACAAACAAGAAUUGAAGAACUCGAGAAAAAGUACCAAAUUUCCAAAGAAUCAGAAGAGAAAACAAAGGAUUUGUUAUUAGCACAAACAAAACAUCUCGAACAAACAAAGAUUUCUCUUGAAGAAUCAAAGCUAGAAAUCAAAUCCCUUCAAGAAAAACUCCAGAAAUAUUCUUCCAACACCGAUUACAAUUACAACAUUCCAAGAAACCACGAGUUCGACAGCCUAAAAUCCGAGCUUGAAUCAACAAAACGCCAACUGGGUCUACUUAAAAACGAGCUAAAAUUAACCACAGAGGCAGAAGAAAACAACAAGAAAGCAAUGGACGAUCUAGCAAUGGCAUUAAAAGAAGUAGCAACAGAGGCCAAUCAUUUGAAAGGAAAAUACAGCAUGAGUGAAGAGGAAUUAAAGCAAACAAAAGAAGAAACAGAGAAUUUGAAAACAACAUUAAAAAACACAGAAGAAAAAUACAAAACUCUGUUACAAGAAGCAAGAAGAGAGGCAGAUUUAUACAAAAGCACAGUGGAUAGGCUGAGAUUAGAAGCAGAGGAAUCUUUGGUAGCAUGGAGUGGAAGAGAAACAAGUUUAGUUGAUUGCAUAAGAAGAGCUGAAGAUGAUAGAUACAACGCUCAGCAAGAGAAUCGGCGUUUAAUGGAUGCACUGAGGCUAGCAGAGCUCAAGAACAUGACAUCGAAAGAAGAGAUAAAGAAAUUGAGAGACAUUCUAAAACAAGCCUUAAAUGAAGCUACUGUUGCUAAGGAAGCUGCAGGGAUUGCAAUUGAAGAGAAUUCACAGCUGAAAGAUUGUUUAGCCGAGAAGGAAAAUGCAUUGGAUUUUGUAAGCAGCGAGAAUGAGAGUCUCAAAGUGAGCCAAGCUUCAGCUUUAGAGGAGAUUAAGGAGCUAAAGCAAUUGCUAGAAGAAGCAAAAAAGAGAGAAGAAAACAACAGUAAAGAGGAAAGCAAGAGCAAAGAGGAGAGCAAGAGCAAAGAAGAAGGCAAGGAGCAGCAGCAAGUGGAGAUUACGAAAUCAAAACCGCCAUUGAGUCCUAGUCCGAAUCAGCAUCCGAGUCCGAGUCCGAGUCCGAGUCCAGCUCCAGCAGAGAAGGAAGAUACAUUUGGGAAAAGGCUAGGGAAGGCAUUCAGUUUCAGUUUCUUGGAGUUGAGAAUCACACCACAGAAGAAGGAGGUGGAGGAAGAAGCAGAAGAAGAGGAAGAGCCUGAAAUGGAGGAGACGCUUAAAGGGUCCAUUUUCGACGAGAAUGUGGAUUCCCCUGGUUCCGCGAGGCUGCACGAGAGGAAGCCAUCGUUGUCUCAGUUUAGUGAAGAUGGGGAGAUGAUGAAUUAUGAAGGUGAGGAUCUCGAUCAGUUGGAAGAAGGGAAUUUGGAUGACUUUGAAGGAGAUAGGAAUUCAAGGAAGAAGAAAGCAUUGAUUAGGAGAUUUGGGGACCUUUUGAUGAGGAGGAGGAGCUUUCAACAGAAGAAGGAACAAUCACCUGAAUGAAACCUUUUUUUUUUUUUUUUUUUUUUUUUUUUUUCCCUUUUUAAAUGCAGUUUUCAAUUUUUUUUUAUUUUUUUGUAAAACUGUAAAUUCAUACGACUAGCU